AUGCGAGCAUAUAAUGCCUUAGUGCUUCUGGUGUGGAGCGGGCUGAGUUGCGUGGUGAAAGCUGAAUCAGAGAAAGUGAGUCUGAUUGACAAAUGCAAUGCAUUCUGCGACUUUGUGUUCUAUGCUGAUGGCGAUGGACAGUAUCCGCUUUGCUAUGCUGGUUUCUGCAAGGACAACAAUUGUGUGAUUCAGCCUCAUAAUGUGACCUGGCCCUGCCCUGAAUUGAGUCCUUGCGAAGUAGAAGGAGCAGAAUGCUUCAUCGACACAUACCCAUAUCCGGACGCUCCUAUGAACCUGGGCUGUGGCGGCAGUGAAGCUGCGAAGGCGUUCAAAAAGAUCAGGAGCCAGGUCACGAAGAAGCCACGUCCGGAAUGGUGGGGACUUGUACACAAGUAUGAUGAGGAGUUGGGGAAGUAUUGGAAAGAAAGGGAAGAGAGGGAGUUGAAAGAGUUUGAUGGCUUGUUGAGUCCUUUUAUGGAGAAGAGGUUGAGGAGGUCGGGGAAUUUGCCGAAGGGGUAUGAUGCUAGGAAGAGGAGGAUGCAGAUUGAGAAGGAGGUGAGGGAGGAGAGGGAGAGGAAGGAAAUGGAAGAGAAGGAGGCGGUGGAGAGGAGGGAGAGGGAGGAGAGGGAGAAUAAGGAAAGGGAGGAACGGGAAAGGAAGGAGAGGGAAGAGCAAGAGAGGAAGACGAGGGUUGAGCAGGAGAAGAAGAAGAGGGCAGAGACAGAGAAGAAGGAGAAAGCAGAGCAAGAGAAGAAGAUGCAAGAGCAAGAGGACGAGAAGAAGAUACUGGGGAGCGAGAAGGAGAAGAAAGUCCAAGCGAGCAGGGAAGUGGAGGAAAAAAGAAAGGAGGAGAAGCUUAAAGAUGUGGUUGAGGAGGCUGAAGAGGAAGGUGAACAAGAGAAAUCGGAGCUGUGA